AUGGAAGUAGUCAACAAUGUUACCGAGUUUAUAUUUUUAGGACUUUCCCAAGAUCCUGGAAUGCAACUGAUACUCUUUGCUCUAUUCCUCCUCUUCUACAUGGUGAUCCUGGGGGGAAACCUGCUCAUUUUGCUCAUGGUUUUUUCUGAUCCUUGGCUUCACACACCCAUGUAUUUCUUCCUUAGUAACUUGUCCUUUGUGGACAUUGCCUAUUCCUCAGCGACAGCACCCAAGAUGAUUGCAGACUUUGUUUCUGAGAAAAAGAUUAUUUCCUACUGGGGCUGUGUAACUCAGAUGUUUACCUUCCACUUUUUUGGCUGUGCUGAGAUUUUUGUUUUGACUGUCAUGGCUUUUGACCGUUAUGCUGCCAUCUGCCAACCGCUCCAUUAUACCACCAUCAUGAGUACCACUGCUUGCACCGUGCUGGCAUCACUGUCCUGGCUGGGAGCCCUGGCUCACUCCUUUGUUCAGACCCUCCUGACCUUUCAGUUACCCUUCUGCAGCUCUCAGAUCAUUGACCACUACUUUUGCGAUGUCCACCCCGUUCUAAAACUUGCCUGUGCUGACACAACCCUAGUAAACAUGUUGGUGAUUGCCAAUAGUGGUCUCAUCUCCCUGGGGUGUUUCCUCAUUCUUCUGGCCUCGUACACAGUCAUUUUAUUUAGUCUUCGGAAGCGGUCUGCUGAGGGCCGGCGCAAGGCUCUCUCUACCUGUGGAUCUCACUUCACUGUAGUAACUUUCUUCUUUGUCCCUUGUAUCUUCAUUUACCUCCGUCCAUCCACCACUUUCCCACUGGAUAAGGCUGUGUCUGUGUUCUAUACUACCAUCACCCCAAUGCUAAAUCCACUCAUCUAUACUCUGAGGAACAAGGAUGUAAAGAAUGCCAUGAAUCGGGUGUGGAAUCACAAAGUCUCCUUGAACAAAAAGCAGAAGGCAUAG